CUUAAGACAUACAACAUGAAGCAAAUCAUUUGUAUCAUUUUAAUUAUUUGCUCUCUUUCCUCCAUUUAUUGCUACUCGGGGCCAACCGAGUGCCAGGGCGCCAAUGAAAUAUAUAAUUCGUGUGGUUCUCCUUGCGUCGCCACAUGUGGAAAUAGACAAUUUGCAAAUUGUGUAGCAGAAUGUGAAGCAGGUUGUUUCUGUAAAGAUGGCUACUUGAGAAACGAUAACGGAAUCUGUGUAUUACCAAAGGAUUGCUAUUCAUACUGAGACACUUAUAUACAGCUGCCAGAUGUUCUUGCUGUUUGAUUCGACUUAAAAUAAAUAGGUUUUAGCAAA